AUGAAGAGUGAUGGUGGUGCACUGCGGGUUGUGGUGAGGGCUUGGAGGCUGCUGGUUGGGGUAGAAGAGAUGAUGCCAUUCAGACUGCAAGUUGGGUCACUGAUGGGGAAGGUAGAGACCCUGCAUGAUGCGGUGGGCAUGUUGGGUUUGUGCAAUGAGAGAACUCUACGGCGCAACCAAAGGUUUCAAGGAGGAGUUGGGGAAGGAGGGUUUGGCAGUGUCUACAAAGGUGUGCUUUCCAGGAGCGGAAUCGAGGUUGCAGUUAAGAGAGUAUCGCAUGGUUCAAAGCAAGGGAUGAGGGAGUUUGUGGUGGAAAUAUCAAGCCUGGGGAGGAUGAGGCACAGGAUCGUGGUCCAAUUGCAUGGUUGGUGUAGACGAGGCGAUGACCUGCUCCUGGCUUAUGAAUUCAUGCCAUAUGGGAGUAUAGACAAUUUUCUUUUUGAUGUGAAAGGUAGAAGCCUGAGUUGGGAACAGAGGUUCAAGAUUCUAAAGGGAAUUGCUUCCGGCCUGUUGUAUCUUCAUGAAGAGUGGGAGCAAGUGGUUGCGCACAGAGAUGUUAAAGCAAGUAACGUGUUGUUAGAUGGUGAUCUAAAUGGCAGGUUGGGUGAUUUUGGUCUUUCCAGACUCUAUGAGCAUGGGGCCAACCCCAAGACAACCCAAAUCGUUGGGAGUUUUGGGUACAUGGUGCCGGAGUUCUCCCGCACCUGGAAGUCCAGCACGAGUGCCAAUGUCUACUCUUAUGGUGCUUUGCUUCUAGAGGUGGCCUACGGAAGGAGGCCUAUUGAGCCGGAGAGACAUUGUGAAGAGAUGGUUCUAGUGGAGUUAGUCCACUCUUUGUGGAAGGAUGGACGUAUACUGGACGCCAUGGCAAAAGGCUUGGGAAUAGCUACGUGGUGGAGGAAGUAG